GAGAGGACGCAGUAAACAAGGGAAUUUCGCGUGCUGUAGUGUCCGAAGCAGGCGUUCUUUCGUGUUUAGAAGAGGAAAUUUGUUGGAAAACCUUGUGAUCUUUUAAUGAUGUCGCACAGCCGAGGACCAAACUUUUUGACACUCGCAGGAGGAAUAUUGUUGUGUUUUCUUCUGCGUGGAACAAAAGUUGAAGCUACAUACGACACAUCGCGCUGUCCCUCUCGCAUACGCUUCGAACACGACGUCUUCAACUUCGGGGAGCGCUGCUACCAGUUCGUGAACAGCGAGAAGUACUGGUCGGAUGCUCAGGCCUGGUGCCAGCAGCGCGGGGGCAGACACGUGGAGAUCCACGACCAGGCAACGAUGAACUUUAUCUCGGAGGUGUUGUCCACGGUGCUGUCAUCGUCCUGGAGGAAUAACGGCAUCUGGAUAGGACUGAGGAGGAGUGGGAGUGCAUGGGCGUGGUCAUCAGGGCACGCUUUGGUCUACACAAACUGGAACUCUGGGCAGCCGUCAAGUAACCAGAACCAUCCGUGCUCCAUCCUGAGGAGAGAGCAUGGAUGGAAAUGGGUAGACAGCCACUGUACCCAUUUUUUCUACCAGUACAAAUUUAUAUGCAUGUACGACAUGAUUCCGACGACUACCACCUCAACAACAACUACAACCACUACCCCGACAACGACAACAGCUACACCGACAACAACAACUACACCGACAACAACAACAACUACAACAACAACAACUACACCGACAACAACAAUAACCACGCCGACAACAACAUCAGUAGCACCUACCACGAUAACCGCCACUACCCCAAAUACAUCCACCACUCCGGCAACAAUAAGCAACGAAAACACAACCGUCUCUUCAACCAGAGGCCCUACCCCCACUACUAUUACUACAAAGCGUGGUACUUCUUCUACGCCAUCUACAACGAAAUCUGAAGAAAAGUUCCCAACAUCAACAACUGUGAAGUCUGAUAAGCCAGGGGGCGCAAAUGCAGCAGCCGUUCAGCAACAGGAGCAGAAUAACGAAGGUUUGACAAUUGGGCUGACGGCAACCGCCGCUGUUCUGGUUAUACUGGUUGUACUGGUCUUAGUCUUCGUGCUCUUCAGACGCAGAUUAAACUCGAAAAAAGCACAAGAGCCAGAGCCUCUAUGGACUCAUAACGUCACUGACGACGGAGAGGGCAUGAACGCGCGGUUCUCCAAUCCGAUGUACGGGGGUGCCCUACCGACCGACCUGGGGGCCGCGGGUCCCGCACAGGAGAACUUUUACGCCGAAUUGGGCGACCCGAACCCAUACGACGAAAUAAAAAAUCCCACAUCUUUUGGUGAAAAUGCCAAACUUGAAUUAAAAGAGGACGAUGUGGAUGAUUUAAAGGUCGGUCUGUCCAAUGACGGAUACAUGACGAUGAAGGCACAAGCGAAUGCGGAUGAUGCUAAUAAUUUGGUGUAAAUGUUAACAAAAUAGUGAUGACAUUUGCAACUGGAAAUUCUUGAAUGUUGUGUUGACUUAUCGCCCGAGUCAAAUAAAACCAUUUCUAGCUUCUUUAGAAGGAUCGAAAAAGAAAUAGACACAGAACCCCCUGACGUGUACCAACACAACGCGAUUUUAUGGUCGUUUAGAAAUCCAGGCCUAUCCUUUUUAUGCUAAAUUACACAACGGGGUGUAGGAGACACAUUCCGCCGUGAUAUCAAAGAAAUAACUGCUUGUAAACUGAGGUAAUCGGUGAAUUUUUUUGUUGCCGUGACAGUUUUUAGAAAGAACCAUUUUCAAAGGUUUAAGGGAUUUUUUCACAAUAUAUCUUGCCAAAAGAGUAAAAGAUUUAAACUAUCAGAUUCCAUCAGUGAGGGAGGCUCAGCGAAUCCAGCUUCUAAACCCUUGGACUGUUCUCGGGCUGUCCAUCACUAUGACGCGCAAUAUCGUCUUCACGAGCCGUCACUGAGGGGUAUUAUUUAGGGGGCGGUGCCGCCAUAAGGGAUCAACAGGACGUAUUGUUAAGUACAUCUUAUAGCCACUUUUCAUGUCACGAAUCUCUGUAGACUAUGAUGUAAUAGAGCAGUGCCAGUCAGCCACACCCAGGGUGAUUGGGCUCUACCUUGCCACACGAACAUUAUAUCUUCGCUAUUGUGAUGUGUUGAGCCCAGUGCUUUUUUUUUCUUGUUUGUGAAAAGUGUUUUGAAUAUCUUGCCAUUAUGAAUCUCCAUGGAUCCACAGGUCAGUGUACAUAGGGUAAGGUGCGUGGAGAAGACGUUUCUAAUGUAACAUUAUCCUCUGUCGCACCACUGUCAGCGGUCCUAUGACAUAUACAUGACUCAUAUUUUUAUUUUCUGCGACGUAAAAGGAAUGGAUGGACCCUUGGGAA